AUGCACAUUGUAGUUGCCGUGCUGCUCGGAAUGUCCAUCAGCAUGCUAGUGGGGUGGUUUGUGCGGCCGAUGACAGCCGGUCAAAAUCUGCGCAAGAACCUACGCAACACCCUGGCAUCUCUGCGCGACCUGCUGCCACAGCUGCUGGAGCCGAUUGUUAGUGAUGUGACUCCGUCGAAUACGCAGCAGAAGCUGCACGGCGCCAAGCCAGAAGAGCUGAAAGAGGGUCUGCGGCUGCACCGCCAAAAACUGCAGUCGCUAAAGAAGCAGCUGUCGGAAAUCACAUUGGAGCCCACGGAGUGGCACAUCUGGGCACGGCGGCGGAAGCUCGCGGCCCUGGUGGCGUGUCUGGACGGCCUGAGUCUGCAUCUGAGCAGCAUGAGCAGCGGUCUGGAGCUGCGCGUCAUUGACCAUAACUCUGACGCUUAUGAAGGCGAUCUCGACACGGCGGCAUACUCGGCCGUUAUUCAGCGGAUCCGUGCUCCGCUAAUGACGCUCGGGCUGGACAUGGUCGACAAUGCGCUGGACCGUGACCAGCAGCAGAGCUUGCGUCUAUUCUCCAGCUACUACGAUGGUAUCUGCGAGUGCGACGACUCGCCAGUGCACAUAAACGAGUUCGAGAUCCCUCAGAAUCCUGCUGAAUGUAGCGGGGUCUGCAAUCGGUGCGGCAGGCAUCGCGAUUACGAUCCAGUGACCACGAAGAUCAUGCGGCUACGGGCGGAGAUGGUUGAUGUGAUCCAGGCGUUCCAGGAGGACUACGACGAAGCGGUCAAUGAUCUUGCUAGCCUUCCCAUUAGCCCGCGUCUGCGCGCGUCGAUGGCUGGCCCGAUCAUGGAUUCGCCAGCCACCUGGACCCAGCCGCCGACCAUGGACUCGUUGCGCGACGGCAUCGGCCAGAAGAAAUCGACGACGACCGAAGAGCAGCUAUUCAUCGUGUAUUUCUUUGUCUUCAGUAUGCGCGAGUUUGUCGACGAGUUGUUUGGCAUCCUGCCACAAGUCGCUGCCGUAUGCCGUCCGCCGCGGCCCUUUAGGCAGACAUUCCGGCGGGCAAUGCAGCCGCGCAAGCUGACAGCCAAGGCACGGGCAUUUGUAGUAUGGGUGGUGGGUCUGUUCUGGGCACUGUGGAAUACCGGCGCGACAACCGAACUUGAGGCACGCUAUGAGGUAGCACAGUUUGCCGACCCACGUUCUCUACACGCGCCGCGGCCCAUGACCAAGGUCCAGCGCAUGUCGCAUGCGAUCUGGAAGGCGUGCAUGUGGGCGCGGCGCCUCAACGUCAAGUUUGCGACAAAGUACGCAUUGCUUAUCACAAUCCUGUCGCUGCCGUGCUACUGGAGCAUGGAGACGUACCUGGAGUACCGCCGCCAGCGACUCGAGUGGAUGGUGAUAUCUGCUGCUGCAAUCAUGGUGCCGACCGUGGGCGGAUCGGCGCUGGUCAGUGUGUAUCGGAUCCUUGGAACAUGUGCCGGGGGUCUCGCUGCAUUCCUGGUGUAUGAAGUGGGCAAGGAUACACCGGCAUUGGCAUACGCUCUGCUGGUGAUGUUCUCGGUCCCAUGCUUCCACAUUAUUCUGAACGGCAAGUAUCCCAAGAUCGGGCAGUUUGCACUGAUUACCUUUGGCGUCAUCCUCAUCAACAAGUGGGUUGCACGCGAGGAUCAGAUGGAGAGCGCCUUUUCUCUGGCUAUGCGCCGAACACUGUCGGUUGCGUUUGGUGUCAUGGCUGGCAUGCUCGUCACUAUGUACGUCUGGCCAUACGAAGCGCGUGUGCGCGUACGCCAGGCCUUGAGCUGGUGGCUGCAGACCGGGUCGAUGCUGUAUGAUCAGCUGUGGAAUUCGUUGUGGCUCUCCUACGCCACACCAGCACAGAACGCAGCAGCACAUUCGGCACUGCAGACCGGGCAAGCGCAAGCUGUGUCGGAGCCAGCUGAAUGGCAUGCACUGACAACUACGCUGUUGAACGACACGCAAAAUGAGCCACGGCUCAAGGGUCCGUUCCCAAUCGACGCCUACAAGCGCAUCUUGAAUGCCUGCCAGCGCGUGUUGGAUGCCAUGGUUGCUGCGCGCUGGGUUAUGCUGCCAGUGCCCAUGGUCGUUGCUUCGCGGCUGGACCAGUUCCCGCCGCUGCCGCCAGCGGCUUCAGAGCGCCCAGCGACAGCCGACACAAUCCAGAAGACUGAUGCCUUCUGCAGAAACGAGUUCGAGGCUCCAGCGCCCCCUGAGUUGGUUGUGGACACUACUGAGUUGGCCCCGAUCGAGCGCUUGUCGGCAGCCGAUAUCAAGAACCAGCUGGAUAAUUGCAGGCAGCACCAGCGGCAUAGCAGCUCAGAAUCUGACGAGGGUGACCAUGGCUACAGAACAUUCCCCACAGCUCGUCGCUCGCAGUCACGCAUGUCACAGUCUUCAUCUGUGUCUUUGCCCGACAGCACCACCGACAGCAGCGUUCUUGAGAGCGGAAAUACUACUGAAGAAGAGGAGGGUCGAAUCCUGCUUGAUCUGCCCAUUGGCAUGGCAUCAACUGUGAUGCUUGAGCGCGAGCAACUCGAACUAGACCGCCUGGUUAUCAGUGGGCAGCAUUCUACCCCACACAGCCCCCGGCUCCGGCCCCAGUCAUCAGGCAGCGUUGGUAGAUCCAGUCCCGCCAACGCCGACGCCUACGACUCUGACGAUGAUGGCGAAAUCCACAGUCACGGGUAUGUACGGGAGCGCUAUGAAGGCGAGAUCUCGCAGCGCAUCAGCAAGAUCGUUGAGGAGGACCUGCUGAAACGCACUGCCGCUGUGCGUGAACAGCGCGAUGCAUUGGUAGCCCUAACCAUGUACGUCUUGGCAUCGGCUCUUAUCCUCAAAACGCCGUUGCCGGCGGUUCUCCCCCCAAUCCAUGCUGCGCAGAGGCGAGUGGCCGAGGCACUGAGCGAUAUCCUUGACCCGACGGCCACUGCGGUAAGCCAUAUCGCUGGUCUGGAUAGUUUGCCAUCAGACGAUGGCGAGGAUCUGGACGCGGAAAAGGAACAAAUUGUGCAGCGUGCUGUGGCCAGGAUCCGGUAUGUCUUCUACUACACCCAGGUCAUGCUGGGAUGGGAGAUUGUGCAGGAGCUCAGCAUUGUCGGCGGCCUGAUGCGCGAGCUGUAUGGAUCGUACGGGGCUGCUUCGUCGUCGCUGACACUGCCUCGGUAA